AUAUUUUCAGAGGACACUUAGUUUGAUAUUUUGUGAUGCAGUGCCAUUAAAUUCACAAAUUAAAUACUUUUGGUGGUGCGCUGCGUUUCACAAACUCAGUUUACUUCACUUUGCCCACUCAGCCGGACAUUCCCCACACCAAACCGGCCCGGAUAUAUUUAUAGACCGCAGACAGUUUGGGAAAGAAGGGGGGUGUCUGACACAUCUGCUGAAUAUCUGCUAGACUGUGGGGUCAGCCCAAGGUUAAAGCCUCUUCAAUGCCUGCCUUGAUUGGUCGUGGCUGGCACUAAUGAGUGUGUGUGCGUAAUUCUAACCGCGCGCUCACACACACACACACACACACACACACAGUCCCACCUCUCCCUCUCUCUCCACCGCCAUUGUCAGCGCCAGUCUCCCCUCCCACCGCUCCUGUCUGUCUGUCUGGAGCUGCUCCCCUCUCGGAGGAGGAGGGAGGCGCAGGAGGAGGUGGGCUGUGAACCUGAGACAGUCACAGAAAGCCAUUCUCCUGAAUGAAAGCGAGAGGAAAAGACCGUCAAGAUGCGGGGAACGUAUUUACCGUAGUCUAGCAGCAGAAAAUGCGUCGGAGAGUCGCGAGAAUGGCAUGAGACGCGCGUGCACCGAGACCGCAGGCUGCUGCUGCCGCUGCUGUGGAAGUGUUCCUCAGUUCAUGUGAGGGCCGCGGCCGGCGGCGCUCUUACCCCCCGUCCCGUCACUUCCCCGAGCCCCCAUGCGAAACAUCACGGUCCCGGACAGCAGCUCCAGCAACAACAAUAACAACAACGCCAACUCCAAUGACACAUGCUCCUGCAACUGCACCCUAUCCCAGCCACAGGGAAUGGAUAUAUCUGAACUGGAGUUUGUUCAGAUAAUAAUCAUAAUUGUGGUGAUGACUGUAAUGGUAGUUGUAAUCAUCUGUUUGCUGAAUCACUAUCGGCUAUCGGCCUGGGCCUUCCUCACACGCCACAGCCAGGCCCGUCAACGAGAGGAGGGCAUGCAGCCGGACGCCUGUGCAUGGCCAACAGAUAGUUUGGUGACGCAACAAGGAGCCACUGAGGUGAUGUAUGGGCCACGGAGCGGAGAGCGCUUCAACCCACCUUCAUUUAUGCAAAGGGAUCGAUUCAGCCGCUUCCAGCCCACCUACCCAUACCUGCAGCAGGACAUCCACUUGCCGCCCACCAUCUGCCUGUCAGACGGCGAGGAGCUGCCGCCCUACAAGGGCCCCUGUACCCUGCAGCUCAGAGACCCUGAGCAGCAGCUCGAGCUGAGCCGUGCGUCUGUGCGCGCGCCCCCCAACCGGACCAUUUUCGACAGCGACCUGAUAGACGUUUACGUGCACGGAGGUGGCCCGCGGCCCCCGAGCAGCAACUCUGGCAAGAGUGCCUCGAACUCGCACGUGGAGGGGCCGCCGCCCACCUAUAGCGAGGUGAUGGGUCAGACGUACCCAGGCUCCGCCUCCUUCCUGCACCAGCACAGCAAUAACACACCACCCUCCAACCAGAGGACAGCCAGUGGCUCCGCCCAGCCUGGCGCAAGCACAACCCUGUUCGUCAAGGUUAAGGAUAGCCGGCGCGACAAACCCGUGUGACUAGGACACACCUGCAGAGGGCAGUAGAGAGCGUGUGCCGUCACCUGUGCUCUCUGGUACUUCCUCCUGGACCUAAAGGGGAGUGGCUUCACUCUUAGUACACUCCCCUUGCACAAUUUAAAUCGAAAAUUGAGGAACCAAGCUUACAAAGUUUAUUUUUUGUAUUUUUUUUUUUUUUUUUUGCUAGAACUUCGGGGCCUUGUAUGGAUGUUUGGGCUCCUCGGCUAAAUCUCUUUGUUUGUUUAUGCUUUCCUGUAUUUAAAGAACACGUGUGUUGGCACA